AUGACGUUGCGUAUCGUCUGGCCAUUUUUACUAUUUGACGUCGUCAUAACUCAACUGGCAGGAUCCCUUGGACAACGUAAUUCCGCCUUACCACCAAGUUCGAUUGAGCCCUUAACAAAUAGCCAACUGAUAUUUCUCAACACCGUUACCAAUCUGCAGCAGCCAGGGUGGUGGCAUCUGUAUCCAUUCGGUGAGAGGUAUUUCGAUGAUGAACUCUCUCAUCGACCAUGGAUGGAUAAACAAAUUGAUCUUGACUUUUUCCUUCCUUACUAUGGGUUCAGAUUCAACUACACCUUCAUAUUCCAAGAAGGAUUUGUUGCUUUCUCGAAUCCAUGGUAUAUCCAGCCACCAUAUUCGUUUCCGAACCCUCAUUGGCCCAACAAACCUGACCCCAGUCUUAUUGCUGUUUUCAUGGCUGAACAGCAGAUGCAACAUGUUGGAGACACCCGAAUCAGUAAUGUAUGGUUCCGAGUAAUUGAAAGACCAACAAACCUCAUUGGGUACAACAACCUUCAACUGGAUCCUGAUGAGACCAGCAGGGAGCCAAGUCUUCAACAACCUCUCGGUGUUUACAGCUACGAUGAUCCACGCCUCUACCGCACCUACCGAGGUCGUCAGCUCAAAACUCAACAAGGCCGUCUAGAAGACCCGGAAAUGCUGGACAGAAUCACGAGGGAUAUUCGCCAUUCGAUGGUUGGUGCGCGUGGAUGGAAGGCAGACUAUGCACUGUUAGUGACAUGGGAGAGAAUGAGUUANGGUGGAUCUCCGAAAGUCACAGAUAUGAGCAAAUACGAGCAGGCCAAAAGAUGGCAAAAUACCUAUCAAAUGGUACUGGCAACGGACGAAAUACGGACAUACUGCAUGUUGAACUACGCGAACAUUAAUUGGACGUCAUCUUCUCAGAGUGGAGCGCUCACUCGAGGACGAGGAGGCAAGCAGAGCGCUUUGGUUGGUUUCAAUGGAGGCAACGGAACCGGCUUCUACCAACUACCCUUCUCUUCUGAAGGCAACUCAUACAAACUCGUCCAGUUUGGCUCAACUCAAGUGGCUGGACGUUGGCUGGCUCGAAUUGAUGAGCAGAUUCAGUAUGGUGGCUGUACGAAUGAUAGCACAGGAACAAUGGAACUAUCGCAACAGUAUGGUAACAUGCUAGGAGGAUUCGCAUUGAAUGUGACUGGACCUUGCCUCCGCCCGACAGAUGUUAUCAAGAUGCAGUUCGACGAGAUUACCGUAGACUGUGAAAGGAUGGAUAUGGUUAUGGCUCGAUGUGUGAUUCCGACGAACACCGUCUUCAGAAUUGGCAUCGUGGACGUGAAAUUGUCUGUGGACGCCGGAAAGAACUACCCAUGGUACACCAAAUUCUACAUAAUACAACCUGGUUUGGCUCGACGCAGAGUGAACCUGAUCAACGAUCCCAGAGAGCCGAUGAAUAAUUGGAACUUCUAUGAUCCACAGAUUGGUUACAUAGCCAGGAGACAUCCAAAUAAUGGAGUUCUUUCUUUCUCACCGCGCAAUUUGGAGGUACGGGCGUCCGACACGUGGCUGGAAGACAGAGGAGAUAGAAUGCAUUGGUCAAUGCCUGUUGCCUUUGGAUGGUUUUUCUAUCGAAAAUGGGAAUACGAAUAUGGCAAAGACUGGGCGUUGCAGAUGUGUCAGCACUGGUUCGAUUACGAUGGCAGAAGAGAGAACUUUGUAAUGGAACUCGAACCGAAAAUUCCCUGUCCUUGUACAUUGGAUCAGGCCCUUCUGGACAUAGGGCGAUUCACAGCGCUGCCUGAUUGCGAUAUGUUCGGUGAUCAUCGGUGCCAAUACACGCAAGGAGCUCAACACUGUGUCCUUUCUGCCACCAGCGUGUGGACAGGGGCAGGCCAGACGUGUUGCUACGAUUGGGAUGGUUGGCUGCUGUUCAGCGACGAUUUCGAAUACAACGACCAGUAUCUCCGAUUCUACUCCGCCGGCGUACCGUACAGAGCUCAUCCAUUCGGUGCAUUCCCUUACAAACGUCCACCUUAUGUUCCAACAAUGUCAAAUUUCUACAACGAUCUUCUUCCUUACGAAAUAUGUUGCAAAUGGGCUGGUCACUGUUAUGUCUAUGGAGAAAAUCAUUUUACAACAUUCGACGGUACCAAGUUCUCAUUCCAUGGAAAAGGACAUUAUAUUCUGUCGAUGAUGAAAUCCCCACGUCAUGACUUCUUGCUUGAGGCCCGCUUUGAGCAACCGCCUGAAACGCUGUGGGAAGAGCGUGUCCGAUCAACUGUCAUGACCGGUUUGGCCGCACGAGACAAUCAUUCCUCAAUAGUGCAGGUUUUUGCUCGCAAGGACCAUCGGCGGUGGCGGUACCGAACGGAUGUUUUUGUUGACGGCGAACGAAUCUUCUUUGAUACGCCAUGGAAGAAAAUACAACUCUUCAAAGGUGUGACAAUUCGUUCUCCACCACGGAACAUGAACCAGUCAGAGUUGGAGAUCAUGUUUGCGUCUGGAGCAGGUCUUCGUGUUGAGGAGAGCCGGGGCCUAUUGAAUGUUGUUGUUGCGCUUCCACAAGCGUUCAAAGAAGUUGACGGGCGUCUUUGGGAAGCUCCGCAGGAUGAACCAUUCUUCUGGGACCCUACCACAACUCAAAUGGCGGUUCCGUCGCGAUUUGACAAAUGUUCGACGCACUAUCGCACUGUUGGACUUCUAGGAACUUUCAAUGGCGACCCAUCCGACGAUUUGACCACUCCGGAUUGCUUGGAGAUUCACACUGAUUAUCCUCAGACCGAUAUGGACUCUAGGAAUAUCUAUUACCAAUUUGGUGAACGUUGGCGGCUCGACCGUAACCUUCACAUCCCGUCGUUAUUCCAACCUGAACAUAAACCGAUCUACGACCCAUUGAGCUUUGCUGACGAGCAGUACGUUCCUCUGUUCGAUCCUUGGCUUCACUCCAAUUACAGCAGUUGGUCAGGACUCAUUUUUUCUAAAGAGGAAGUUAAAGUUCUCUGCCAAGGAGUGCCGGCAUGCGAAUUUGACUUUGUGUCUAGCGGCAGAAGGGAAAAUGCCUUGGAUACUUUGGAAUACGAGAGGAAAUUCGAGUUGAAAAAACAGAACGGCGAACAGAAAGUACAGUCCUGUGGUCCAUUGGUGAAGAGCAAAGGAGUUCUCAAGUACCCAUCUGGGAACAAUUACCUUCAUGGUAUCACGGUUACGUUCUCUUGUAAACCCGAAUACUUCCUCCAUGGAGAACAGCAACGAACAUGCGUGAACGGCACUUGGACGCCUGGAUGGUGGCCGUGGUGUAGAGAGCGCAGUGAAGAGACGGCUCUGAAAUGGAUGACAGCAAUUCUUUCGACGGUCGCCAUCCUUUUAGCCAUCGCCGUCAUUUUCGUGUGGUUUGCAAUGGAAUCGCGGCAGAGACAAAAGCAAUUCAUUAAAAAACGGAGAGAUCGUGGUGACCUGUAA